AUGUCCGAGUCAACACCUCGUAAGCGGUCUCGUCUCGCCUGCACUUCGUGUCAGUCGCGAAAGCGCAAAUGCUCAGGAGGACAGCCCUGUAGUACGUGCGCCCAAAUUGGCGGAGAAUGCCAGUACAAUGCGCGCAAAAAACGUCUGUACCGAGCCAAUCGGUCACUCGAUGAGCGUCUAGAUGGCUGGCCCGUUGACCUCACCAAUCCCAGAGCUGUCAGCGAUGCAGCUCAGACUGCUGCUUUUCAUGAAUCCGACGUGACCAAUUCCAUGGCGAACUCUGGGGCUGCGUUCGUUCGCAAACUCGGGUUACGAAUUGACCCUGCGCGUGCACCGCGAUUGCACUUGUUCGCAUGGAAUGUGGGAAAGAGGCGCACAGCUUCAUCUAUGUCCUCUUCGCUCCCCUCAAUGAACGCCUCAGCGUCAGCGUCAGCACCAGCAACUAUCACUAAGAUCGUGUCACCGGAGGAGAUGCGGCGGCUAGCAACAAUCUACUUUGAGAAAGUCGACCCAUGCUAUGCCUUCUUGGAUCGCAAGAAAGUCUUCAUGGGAAUCACUAAGCGUUGGGAGUCUCCGCAAUCGUUGAUCGACACAGAAUAUCCAUACGAUGCCGUUCUAUGCGGUAUCGCCGCCUUCGGAUAUCUAUUCUCACGACGCGACAUCAUAUCCCAUGAGCUACAACUCAUUGAAACGGCACGCAGUAUCUUAGAUAGAAGUGUCCUUGCUGCAGAAACACCUUCAGUCGACACAGUGACCGGUUGGGUUCUACGCGCCUCCUAUCUCCGCAUGACAGCUUCCCCGCACGCAGCAUGGAUGGCCAGCUGCACCUUGAUGCAUCUCAUUGAAGCUGCAGGUCUACACCUGCAAACCCCAGACCCAGAAACAGCAGGUCUUCUCCCAGCAUCACCAGCCGAAACACAGACCAGCUCCGAUAGCACAGAAACACAAUCACCCAGCGACCCAGAGACUCGUCGUCGCCUCUUCGGCAUGGCUCGACAUCUCAAUACAUGGACCUCGUUCGAUCUAGGCCGCUCGCGGAUUAUUUUGCAAGGCGCAACAGCCAUUGCCCAACUUCAAACCUCAACUCAAACAUCAGCCCAUCUCCAUCUUCACACCCAAACCCAAGGACAAGGACCAGCAACAGUACCAGCAUCAGCAUCAGUACCAAUUCAAACAAACCGCACUCAGCCUCGCGCCGACCUUUUCCAGCUCCUCCCCCUAUCAGAAAGCCUAGACCCAACAAACACCCCAGAUCUCCUCACAGCCCUAAAACAAGUCCUCUCCCUCACAUACACAGAACCAAGCCUAAUACUAGUACAAAGCAACCUAAUGCUCUGCAUCUACCGCCGCAUACGCGCUCAAUCAACGUCCCCCUCCCCCUCUCCAUCCAACCCCCAAUCCCAAUCAAACACCCACGCAAACACCAAUUCCACAAUCCCCCCAAAUCUCCUCACAAGAAUCUUAAACCUAGCGUCUCGCUCCCUCCGCGCCGCACGCGAAAUGGUAGCCCAAACCUGUCCCUGGCAUCAAGUAGCCAACGUCCCCUUCCAAGUGGUAUGCUCGCUCCUGGCCAUUGAUAACCGCGCCUCACUGGCGUUACUGGGUGAUGCUAUGCGCACGCUGAGGGAGGUUAUGGGGGCGUAUGACACGGCUUCGAUGCGGGAGGCAUAUUCAACGGCUUAUUUGCUUGUUGCUUUGCAUCAGAGGCGGAAGGAAGAUGAUACUAGGGCUCUUGCGGAGGUCUUGAGGGUUAAUGCUCCUGCUGUUGGGUGGGUUGGGAUUGAUGAUGGGAUCGAGGAGGGUAUUGAGCAUGAGUAUGAGCAUGAGCAUGGGCAAGAGCAACAGCAAGAGCAAGAGAAUGAGGGUGGAGAUGGAGAUGAAUAUGAAAAUGGCAAUGGAAAUGAACAGCAGAGUCUACAGACUCAGGACUCAGACCAGAGCCGGAAUCAGGUGCUUGAUGGGUCUGUGGCGCCUGUUUCUGAUGCUGAGUUCUCGUGGUUAGGGGAUCUGAUGAUUGAUAUGCCCAGUUUGCAGAACUUUGAUCUGGAACAAUUUCUUUUGACGGAUGUGCCGUGGCCAAUACCCGAGAUGGGGAUUUGA